GGGGAGAGUAGAACUGUAAGUCCGGCAAAAAAAAAAAAAAAAAAAAAAAAGGUGAGCCGUUGGCUUAUUUUUGUAGCUGUUUGAUUUUGGUCAUCCUGCUUCCUCGCCGCCGCACCUAACGACUUUAUGUCACCUUUGUAACUCUUGCUCUUCCUCAAGAAAACCAUCAAUACCUCUCAUCAUGCUGUGCUCCGGCUUGAAAACCACUGAUACCUCUCACGAGUCACGACAAUGUGCUCUCGCUUUCUCUGAGAAUUAUCGGCCUCCGCCUCUCCUCUAACCUCCGCCGUCGUCGAGUCUCAAGCAAAAAAAACCCUAAACUUUCUAUUUCGCUGUUCGUCUCCAGAUGUGGGAAUGUCCUGCGUUUUCGAAAUCGAUAGCGGUACAGUCUGAUUCGUUACCAUUACAUCGGGGGACCCUUUCCGUCUAUGGUGAUCACGGCGGAAGGAAUUGGUACGAAAAGGAGUUUUGUUGAAACGCAGGCAGGAUUUUUCUUUCCCGAUGAAGCAAAAGUUGAGGAACUUAUGAAUUUACUGAAGGAAAAGCAAAUCGGUGUUGUUGGUGUUCUUACUUCUGCACAAAAUCAUUGGGUUUACUUCAUGACCAACUAGGUUUUACGGAGAUAUACAAAAUCAACCUUUACGUAUCUUCUUCAUCUAAUAUUUUUAAGUAAAUAGUGACUUUACAUGAGAAUUAUUGAAUGUUGGUGUGUACAGAAACCCAUCAUCGGUUUGUUUGCCAAUUCAUUUAGAAUUUGGGCUUCAGCCAAAGUAAUCCGUCUAAAGAUCCGUAUUCAAUUUCAGUUUAGGUUUAUUAGAGUUGAGUUUGAUGAUGAAUAUGGAACUUCCGCUGAGAAACAUGGGAAUGUAAGUACCUUUCUUUUAUCUCGGUUCUAAUUUGUUGAAAUAUAAAGUAUGUGUGGAUUUGUGUAGGUAAAUUAUGUGAAUGUGUAUAAAAGUUUGUUAAUUUUAGAAGAAUCGUGUUAUGAUUUGCUUCUUCUUCCCUAAAAUUCGGGAUCAGUUUUGUGAAAUUCUUCCUCAAUUGAUAUUGGAGUCGGUUUUGCAGGUUAGGCAAGUUUUAGAGCUUGCAUACAUCCUGCUUAAUUCUUAAUUCAUGAUUUUUGAUGCACGAAAAUGUUAAUUUAAUUUUAAUGACUUAUAAACAGGUUUUCUUCAUAUCCCCUAGUUUAGACUUACUGUAAAUAUAAAACGCAACACAUAAAUAAAAAUUCUAAAAACAAUGCUACAUACACUCAAACUCGAUGUGUAACUGUCUAACAAUAUUUGGCCCAUAUUUACCGGUCAAUAUCAACCACAGGUUUUUAGGCUGAAUUUGACCGAAAAUCAUUGAAACCUAAACAACUAGAAUUAACCUCUUCAAAUUGAUCUGUUCAAACUUCAUUUUCUAGUGGUGCUUACUUUUUCUGAAACCCUUGAUUUGGUCACAUUUACCACAAAUUUAAUUUGUAACUAUAUUCCCAAAUCUUAAUUCCGCUUUUAAAAGUAGAAAUCAGAAUUAUCCAACACACGAAAAGUUCUACUCUCUCUAUACCUAAAUGGCAAUACAUGCAAUAUCCCUAUCCCAUGAAGCAAUAUAGACCAUGGCGGAGUCCCACCCUCGGAAGCUUCCACAGGAGAUACUUUUAUUCCAGAUACUACCAAGGAUGCCGGUGGAAGCUCUACCCAGUUUAAUGUGUGUUUGCAAGAAAUGGUAUUUGUUCCUAAAAUCGGGUGCUUUUGCCAGCGCAUUAAUCGAUGAUCAUGAAAAUCACCACAAACACCUCGUAUUACCUACCACCGAUGGAUAUACAUUCUGUAGCAUAGACUGCGAAGCACCUAAAGAUGGUUUAACCAUGGGACGUUUUCCAUUUCUUUUACCAAUUAAUAUGAGGCACAUGAUAAACAUAUCGAUUUUAACAUCUGUGCAUGGACUGUUAUGCUUAGGUACAAUCAAGCACGAAAAUCCUGACAUAUAUUCUGAUCUAACUUUAUGGAAUCCUUUCACAAAUGACGAUAAGCGUCUGUCUAAAAUGAGUUGCGAUACACAAGGUAUAUUUGGGUUGUAUUAUAUCUCUAGUGAUGACGACUACAGGCUUCUAUAUGUAACCCAUCAUCCCAAUAUUUAUAUAUACUCGGUAAAAUCAGACUCAUGGAGAAAUGUUGAGUCAACUGAGGACUUUAAACAAAGUGCUUCCGACUGGACUGAACCUGGAAAUUACUGGACUAAACCUGGAGAUUACUGGGAGCAUCCAAGUCAUUUUCUAUUGAAUGAAAAACUCUAUUUCUUAAAACAAGUUGAAACAGAACCAGAAAGCUUUAUUCGGUCUUAUUCUGUUAUGAGAUUCGACACAAAAACUGAAAAGUUCACAGAGAUAGCAAUGCCCUCUUUCGGAAAUCAAAUGACCAACUGUUUGGGUUUCAUGGUUCUAAAAGGAUGCGUCCACUUCUGUGUCGCCAUUCUCAUUGAGGAAGAAAGUUAUAUGUCAAGCGAAUAUUGUAAUGAAAUGAUCGAGUUGUGGAAGAUGGAUGGAGAUGGAGAUUGGACGAAGGUGUUAACUUAUGGCCCAAUCUCGUUUUUUCCAUGGAGUAAAUCGCUAAUACACUUGAUGAGAAACGGAAAUUUGCUCAUUCAUGCUGGAAGUAAUGUUUACGAAUUAGAUAUGAAGAAGAACACCAAAGAAAUAGUGUUUACGUGUGAAGAUAUGGAUUCCAAAAUCUCUCCAAUAGGGAAAUACAUCGAGUCUACAGUGUCACUCAACAAUGACGUAGUAUCCAAAUGGUUUUUUACAAUAAAUGGGUUAGAGUGGUGUAGUGUUAGAUCGUGGAAGGAGUAUGAGGCAUAUGAGAGAUCUAUGAUUGAGAAAUAUGGGGAGGACAUCAUUCAGCAUACAGGGGAUAAUGUGGAGUUGUGGAAACAAAGUCAGGUAGGGAAAAGGAAGAGUCAUGUUUUUGGAAUAGGAUACUCAGAUCUUAAAUUUGUAGCGACAGGGAGACCUUCUUACGGGUGUGCCAUGUCAUCCUUUGACUACACGCAGUUGCAGCAGCAGGUACAAGAGUUGCAAAUACAAAUAGAAAUGGAACGAAAAGCACGAGAAAAAUUACAAGCACAGAUAUUGGAACUUACGAGACGAUUUAAUAACCACCCUGGAAAUCCACCAAACCCAUCCUAGUUCAUCAUCCAUCUUGGAAGGAAAUGUGGCUAAUCCUAGUCUCCAAUUCGUCUCUUCUUGAUCUCAAAUUUUAGGGAAUUACUCUCUGUCUCCUUCUUAACACUCUCUCUUCCAUUUUUGGUGAAACAAAAAAUACAAGGUCAUGUACUAUGUUCCGUUACUAAGUUACACUAUGGAAUCAAGUUUCUUAAAAAGAGAAUAAUGGCUUAUAUCA